CGCCUUCAUCCUCCUCCAUUUCUCUUCUUCUUUUAUUUGGUAAGACAACCAUUAAAUUGAAGCUUAGUGGACUCUUUUUAUUUACCCUCUUCUCAUAAAUUUUAGCUCAGGAUUUCUUUUUCUUCAAAUUUUGAGAAAAGCUGAUAAUUUUUGUGUUCUUCGGAGUUUACUGUUUCGUUUCUAAGUUCUAACUUGAUAAUUGCAAAGUUAGAAAAAGGGAUAUCAUUAGUGUCGGAGUGUACAAAUCCAUGGCCUUUGAGCAAUAUUAUGCUCAGGAAUGGAAGACGGUCCCCAGUGCUCCAACAUCUGAGAAUUUUAACGGUAGCUUUGACUGCAAUAUAUGCUUAGACGUAGCGCAUGAGCCGAUUGUCACUCACUGCGGCCACCUCUACUGCUGGCCCUGCAUCUAUAAGUGGCUUCAUGUCCAGAGCCCCUCCCUCGCCCCAGAUGAGCACCCUCCAUGCCCGGUAUGCAAAGCUGAUAUAUCCCACACCACAAUGGUUCCCCUUUAUGGUCGAGGCCAAUCCGAAACCCAGCUUCAAGGCAAGCAUGCACUUUAUAGGGGCAUGGUUAUUCCCCCUAGACCUCCGGCUUGUGCCAACAAACCUCUUCUGCCUCCUACAUCUCCCAAUAGUCAGCAACUUACUUACCGGAAUCCUUACCAUAACCAUGACUACCACCAAGACGAUUUAUCCGCACCGCCGACCCUCAACACCGUGACCGGCUUUCAUCAUCCGGUAGUGGGGAUGUUUGGAGAGAUGGUAUAUGCUAGGGUGUUUGGGAAUUCGGAAAGCUUAUACCCUAAUCCAAACUCAUAUCGGGCGAUGGGAAUUGGGAGCCCCAGGUUGAGAAGGCUGGAGAUGCAGGCUGACCGGUCUCUAAAUAGAAUCUCGAUUUUCCUCUUCUGUUGUCUCCUUUUGUGCCUUAUCGUAUUUUGAGUUUCUUUGUUUGUAUUUUGUAAACAAGCAUGACCAGGAUGUUCAACUUACGGUAUUUCCUUGUAGGUAGACGAGAUAUGUGUUAAAAUGUUGGAUAU